AUGGAGAAUAUUAAAGCGGCUGUCAGGUACGCCCCCACCAAAACCAAUCUCAUCAAGCUCCCCUCGGGCCUCAGCAAUCUCCUCCAUGGAGCCAACAUUCACGCCCAGGACGUGGUGGUUGAAAUGGUGGCCAAGACCAAGAGAUAUUACGCUGGCUGGGACGGAUUGCCGUCCCAGAGUGUGAACCAGCUCGACAUCGACCCUGUGUUUGCGCAGGCGUUGUCGUUGAGCGAUGGUGAAUCCAUCGUCAUCAACCUCAAGCUUAAGGCAUACGAAACCGCCAGCUUCACCUUGGAUCCGGUCACCAGCUCGGACUGGGAGCUCGUGGAGUUGCAUGCAGGUAACAUUGAGGACAAGCUCCUCACCCAGUCGCGAUGUGUGGCUGUGGGACAAGUGUUGGUGGUGUAUCCGACCAACACCACGUCUGCCAAGUUGACGGUCACCGACAUCGGUACCAAAGACCACCAGUACGCUAGAAUCUCACCGUACAGUGAGAUUGCCAUUGCUCCCAAAGUCAGAGCAAAGAAACCACCUACUCAGACCAAGACUGCUUCCAAACCUACCCGUUCUAGCGAGAGCUACGCCUCGCUGCCUUCCCUCUUGAAAAGGGGGAUCCCAAUACCCCACAAGCUCAUCAGCUCGGCUGCCAACGAUGGCUACGAGCUCUACGCCAAUUACGCCGAAUUGUCUCCCGAAUUCUUGGUCGACUUCGUGGCAGUAUCAGUGGUGCCAGGCCCCACUGAAAAAUCAAAAUCUACAGCCCCAACAGACAAGUCUUCUGAGUCGAAAAUCGCUCCUGUCAAGGAAAACAAAAGGAUCGUUGCUCGCUUGGUCAACGCCCCAGAAGCUCCGGCCAAUACGGUGGGACUCUCGUCCAAAUUGGCCAUUGCCUUGAACGUGGAGUCAGAGGUGGGAAGCAUCAUUGCCUUGAAUCCAGCCGUGAAAAGCGUGCCAAAACGUCCUUCCGCAUUUAUAAUCCACCCCUACAUCACCCAGACCAAGAAAAACAGCCAGCUCAACUUGAAUUCCGCAGAGAAGAAGGACCAGGCUGCCAAUCUCCUCAAACAACUCACCACCCAUCUCAACGACAAAGAAUUGAUGGCCCAGUCGGCCUUAACCAAUUUUUCGAAAAUCCCGAUCAUACCUGGAAUCCUCCCCAACGGUGGUCUUUUGAAAUUCAAAAAAAACGACAGUGUCACUGCCUGGACAAAGCCAGUAGACUCCAACAAGAAGCCAAUGAAGUUUGAGAUGGGCGACGAAUUGCUUAGAAAUGCCUCCUUCAUCGAGGAACUUCCUCAGAAGAAUAACGCGUUGAAUGAGGCAAUAGGUUUGGACAAGACAGUUAACGAGAUUGUUGAGUCCUUUGUGACCAGCAAAAAUUCAGGUACUUUGGUGCAUGGUUCUUCUGGCAGUGGUAAGACAUUGUUGUUGAAACUCGUUGCAGAAAAGGUGUCAAAGGAAUACGGCUACCAUACGAAGUUUGUGUCAUGUGAAUCCUUCAUGAAUGAAAACUAUUCCACGUUGUCAAAAAACCAUAUGAGCAAAUGGUUACAAAGCUGUGCUUGGCAUAAACCUGCCUUGCUCAUUCUCGAUAACUUGGACAAGAUUUUAAGUGCAGAGCAAGAACAUGGAGACUCUUCCAAGUCUAACCAACUGACUGAAUUUUUGAUUUCUCAAUUGGAAAAAAUUCAAAGCCAGCAGAAUAGCAACUUGUCCCUCUUGAUGUCGUCCACCAGCAAAGAAGCAUUGAACAAGUUAUUGUUCCAAUCGCAUUUAAUUGAAAACUUCCAUCAUUUGAGCCCUCCAAGCAAGACAGCAAGAGGUGAACUCUUGGAGGAGUAUUUGGUCAAGAAAUUGGGGUGUAAGAUAGAUUUUGAUAUCAUGGAUAUGGCUUCAGAGUCGGAAGGAUACUUGCCCAAUGACUUGAAAACGUUGUGUGAUAGAUUGUAUCAUGAUGCUCUUUUCAGCAAUAAUGCAGAAUCCGAGAUUACUGUUACGAAAUCAAAUUUAGACAAGGCCUUGGAGGGGUACACACCUUCCAAUUUGAGAGGAGUCAAAUUACAAAAAUCGUCAAUCAAUUGGUCCGAUAUUGGAGGAUUGAAGGAGGCCAAAAAUGUCUUGUUGGAGACUCUUGAGUGGCCUACCAAAUACGCCCCCAUCUUUGCAAGCUGUCCCUUGAGAUUGAGAUCUGGUAUCUUGCUCUACGGAUAUCCGGGUUGUGGUAAAACUUUGUUGGCCAGUGCAGUUGCAGGACAAUGUGGAUUAAAUUUCAUUUCAAUCAAGGGUCCUGAGAUUUUGAACAAAUACAUCGGUGCUUCAGAACAAUCGGUCAGAGAGUUGUUCGAGAGAGCUCAAGCUGCCAAACCAUGUAUUUUGUUUUUUGAUGAAUUCGAUUCCAUUGCACCAAAAAGAGGACACGAUUCCACCGGUGUUACUGACAGAGUUGUUAACCAAAUGUUGACUCAAAUGGAUGGUGCUGAAGGAUUGGAUGGUGUUUAUGUAUUGGCUGCAACAAGUAGACCCGAUUUGAUUGAUUCUGCUUUGUUGAGACCAGGAAGAUUGGAUAAGAGUGUUAUUUGUGACAUGCCCAACUAUGAAGAUAGACUUGAUAUCUUGGAGAGUAUCACUGCUAAGAUGGACUUGGCAGACGAUGUCAACUUAAAAGAAAUUGCUGAUCAAACCGGAGGUUUCAGUGGUGCUGACAUGCAAGGGUUAGGCUACAAUGCUUACUUGAAGGCAGUCCAUGUCAAAUUGAAUCUUCAAGAAGAAAAGGCCAACAAAGCUCCAAGCAAAGAGGACAAAGAUGCAAUUGAAUUUUUCCAGGUGAAUACUGAAAAAUUGAAGAACACUUCACUUAGACCAACGGAUAGGGUCCAAAUCAUGCAGCAAAUCCAGCAGAUUAUGGAGAAGUCCGAGACAGAGGAAGAAACUAAAGCACACACAGAGGAAUCAGUUAAGGUCCAAGUGACUCAUGAAAAUUUCUUGGAGUCUUUGAACGAAACCAAGCCAUCCAUCUCUGUUUCAGAAAAGAAAAAGUUAGAGGCAGUAUAUAGCCAAUUUGUGUCUAGCAGAGACGGGAAUAUGCCAGACGGAAGUGCCAGCAACGAGAUUGGCGGAAGAACCACGUUAAUGUGA